AUGGAAGCUCAGGUCAAAAAAGAGAAGAACUAUCCAAACAGGCAAGAACAAGCUACACUCAUGAAAGCCUGGAUUUUAAAUAAACUUAAAUGUUUAACAUCAAGAGAGGACUUGAAGUGGAGAAAUUGGAAAAUUAAACGCCCAAAACUUGAAGAGGUCAAGGAAUUCUUUGCUGAAACCACUCUACAUGGGUUAAAGUAUGUAACAGAGGAGAGUGUUUGGUGGUUUCAGUGUUUACUUUGGAUAACACUUUUUUGCACUGCUCUGGUAUUUCUUGUUUUCCUUACAACACCACUUUUUAACAAGUACAUUGAUGCUCCAACAUUGACUUCAGUUGAUACAACAAACUAUCCAAUAUCAAAUAUUAAGUUCCCUGGGGUGACCGUGUGUUCAAAUAUUAGGAUUUCGGCAACUCAAUUUCUUGAAGAAUGGAAGAGAAUGCCGUGGAGGGAACUGUAUAAUGAAAAUAUAGAUCUUGAGCAUUUAGUAAUGCAGCAUAUAAAGUUUAAUACUGAUCCUGCGGUUAUGAAAGAAACUGUUGAAAGUGAAAUUACGAGGCAAAAACUGGAAAAGUUCUUACCCACACUUAUGUACAAGAUUACACCAAGCUGUGAAGGAAUAUUUCUGGUUUGCAAAUGGCAGGGAAAACAGGAGGACUGUGCAAAACUAGUAACUAUGAGGAAAACGGAUACUGGGUUUUGUUGUUCCUUCAACACCAAGAAUUUGGCAGGAAACUUUGCUCCGAUUGAGUCUCCCACCCCUGAUUUUCCUUAUAUAGAUCCGUAUUCGCAUUGUUACAAAGCAUCAAGUGAUGCCAAUAGGACAGCAUAUGGCAAUUGCAGUUAUCAACUUCAGAGCGCCUCAAGUUCAGAGAACUAUAGAUCAUACCGUUAUAGUGGAGCUUUGAGGGGAUAUGAAACUGAUGACACAAACUACUGCCCUAGACUAAAAGAUCCUGCUGAUGGAGAAGGUAGGAUGGCAAGGAUACUUGGAACCCCGUCACCACAAAACCAAAAAGCGAAAACAUGGCAAAGUGAAGAAAUACGAAGUACAAAUAUGGCAUCAAAGGAUCUAGGGUUUUCUUUUCUGAUCCAUGCAAAUUUAGCAGAUGAAUAUAAAACAUUAUCAGAUGAACUGAGAACAUCAAACAACUUUUUUCAGGGUUUUGAGGUUCUGGUUCAUUCUCCGUUUGAGUUUCCUGUAGUAUCCAAGAAAAGUACUGCUGUCUCAAUUGGAGCUGAAACUUUUAUCGGUGUUUCAUCACAAGCUACAAUAUCAUCUGACAGUGUAAAAGACAUGUCACCAACAAGAAGGAGAUGUCUGCUUCCAGAGGAAACCAAUGUUCCUAAAAUGAAUGUUAAAUUGGAAGCAUUUGAUACUUACAAUCAGGCGAAUUGUCUGAUUGAGUGUGCUGCUACUACUAUGCUAAAGUUGUGUGGAUGUGUACCUUAUUAUUUUCCAACUCUACCAACAUCAUUUAUACAAGAAAAUGUUAGAAUGGGCAAAUAUCCAAACAGUUCUGGAUUCUGCUUGUUUGAAAAUCUGGUCUGUCUCAGUGAAAUUCAAGGAUAUCUGAAUGCAUUUGCUGCUGCUGAAUCUGGAGAAACGGAUGGAACUGAUGAAGGAUUGACUUGUCAUUGCCCGGAUGAUUGUGACCAGAUCUUAUAUAAUAAGGAGGUGUCUACGGGAACAGCUAAGGAUAAUAACACGGGCCUACUAAAUACUGUCUUAUGUCGUGGAAAAAAUGAAAAGAAUCAACCAGAUUUAAAUCAGAAUACUUUUAACCAUCUUAAUUGUUUUAAUACUACAUUCAAACAAGAAUACCAAGCUUUGAAGAACCUUCAUUAUCACAACAACAACAAUAACAACAACAGCAACCUUGGAACUAAUGAGGAAAUUAGUGAUUGCGUGGAAAGAACAUUUAAGAGAAAGAUGUCUAAUACAGCGCUAGUUCAUGUUUACUACAGAGAUAUGGGUUUAACUAAAUUUACAAAAGACCAGCUGUACGGAUGGCAGGAUAUAUUAGAAAAUUGUAAAAUGACUCCUCCUGGAUGUUUCCUAUGUUUAACAGAAGAUGCAGAAAAGUGCAACAUUUGCAACAUUAUCGCGAGUUGUAAAAUCCACUUACAUUUACACAGAUCUAAGUCUGGAGAAUGUUUUCCAUUUUAUCUUCAAGAAAACGAAACAAAAGGUCGCUUUCUGGUUGCAAGCCGAGACAUAGAACCUCUACAAAUCAUUUUGGAAGAUACCCCUGCCUGUACAGGUCCGGUUCACAGUACGGUUCCUGUGUGUUUAGAGUGCGGACAUAUUCUAACAUCUUUUGACGAGGUUUGUGAGUGUAGUGGUUGUGGAAGCACCCUGUGCUCUCGGGAAUGUGAUAAAGGUCCCCAACAUGCCAAGGAAUGUGAAAUCUUUAAGUCCAGACAAUUUUCUAUUAAUCCGCAAAGACUGAAUGUAUCUACAGAAGAAUAUCAAUUUGUGAUGACUCUACGCCUUCUGCUUCUUGACAGUGCCAGCCUUGAUCUUGUAAAUCGUUUAGAAGAUCAUUCAAACCUUCUUUCAGAGAAUGAGUUGAGCGUGUACAAGAGGAACGUGGUGAAUAUGAUCAGGGAUAGGUUAGGAAACCAACAGUGGUCUCAGCAGCUUAUCAUUAGAUUAAUAUCUAUCGUGAGAACAAAUGCUUUCCUAGGCCCUGGUAAACUUGGAAGAGGAGAGUUUAAAUGUCUGCUUCCUCUGGUUGCUCUCAUGAACCAUUCCUGUCAACCAAAUACAAGAAUACAUCACAAGGAGAAUCUGGCGGUUGUUAGAGCCACAGUACCAAUUAAAGAGGGAGAAGAAAUAUUUAUGAGCUACACAAAAACUUUUGAGAGUUAUAUUUCGAGAAGAACAAACAUUAUCAGUUGCUGGCAUUUUGUCUGCAACUGUGUCAGAUGUGUGGAUAUGACAGAUAUGGGGACCUAUGCCAAUUCCUUUAUAUGCCAAGAUUGUAAAGGAUAUAUGCAUCCUAGAAUAGAUGAGAACCUUGUUGUGUGGACUUGUGCAGAAUGCCGCAAAACAAUCUCAAGUGACGAUAUUACUCAAAAACAGGAAGAGAUCCAAUACAAGCUUCUUAAUCCAGGAGCAGACAUUGUUGAGCACCUAGAAAUGUUUCUAGCGGACAACAGUCGUGUUUUACACACUAACAAUCUAGACAUGGUGAUGGCAAAGAUGAUGUUAGCCCGGGAGUAUGGAGAAGUAAUGGCUCGACAAGAAGCUGUUGGAAACUCCUGGAAACUAAAACAAGUCAAGCGUAAGGUUGAACUUUGUGAGGAGAGUUUAAAAGUUAUUUCAGCAAUAUAUCCUGGUGUAAUUGAUCUUAAGGCUAACCUUGGCUUAGAGCUGGGACCUUGUGCGUUUGUUCUCUUACAAAAUCAACUCAGAAAAGGUGGUAAUGUACAGGGAAUGAAGGAGAAGGUUGAGGAGUUGAUCAGCAUAACCCAGAUGAGUCUGACCAGCUUCCAGCUACUAGAGGAGAUAGGUGAUACACUCAAGGCUGAAAGAUGCAGCUCAUUACUGAGAGAUCUGGAAGGAUUCAAACAACAACAUUUUCCUUAAUUUCUUGAAAUACACAUAUACUGAGAUAUUUUA